AUGUUUAAAAACUUGUUAUUGAGCAUCAUCUGCUUCUUGGUUGCAGUGGUUGCUGUUACUCUUGCAAGUGUCUAUGACAAUGAUCCUGAACUCUGUAAACAACGUGUUGUCAGAGAGGAUUGUCCAACUGUCCCAGCACCAUUCGAUAAUGUAAACUCUAAUGAUGUCAUUGAAGUUUAUUAUUUACAAGCACCAAUCUUUGAAGGAUUGUAUGGUGACUUUGGAGGCAAGUUGGGUGGAUACCACUCUGCUUUGGGUUUCUAUGACUUGACCACCGGUAUCAACUACACUGCUGAAUACGAUGCCUACUAUGAGGUUGCCAAUGGCACCUUCCCAAACAUCAUGAACAUCAACGGUACCGAUGAAGUCGUCUGGUGCAAUGCAGGUAUUCUCUGCGCUUUCCCAUGGAUCAAUGCCACCUAUUGGGAUUCCAAGCAUUUCUCUACCGCCUCUAGAACCUAUAUGACCACCAUCAAUGGUUCUGUAUUUAACCAAUUCAUUCCAUGGAGUAUUUCCUAUAAUAAUUCUAACCCAAUUUACCAAACUUGGGAUGUCUGGAACAGUUAUGGUCAAGAUCUUUACGUUCCAUCAAACACUUGUGAUGACUUUGCCGUUGCUGCCUUUAAUUUCUUAUACUCUCGUGGUUCCACCUACGACUGUAACAUUGUUCUCAAGAGAGAUUAUAUCAACCUCUUCUCUGAGAAGCCAGUACCAGUCGACUAUGAAGAAAACAAGGACGAAAUCAUUAGAUUCUAUCAAGCCUUUAAUGUCCAAAAGGGUGAAUCAUUCCUUACCAUUCUUGAAAAUCUUUUAUCGAUUGUUGGUUUACCAAAAUUCAUUUAUAUUCAAGAACAAUAUCUUCAAUUAUCAUUAAACUUCCCAUUCGCAGAUCUCAAGUAUGAUUUUGCUCCACUUCCAGGAUGUCCAGCACCAAGCACCAUUGAUACCGAAAAGGUCAUUCAUAUGCCAAUCCGUAGAUAA